AGCUUAUAACUUAUAUACUGCCCAACCAAGGUCGACUUUGCUACGCCCUAAAAUGUCAUAAUUGGAGCCAUCGCGGGCCUAGCCGCAGCCAUAGUCCGCGGUUCCCACCCUCCCACACACGCUAUUGUGUAAGUUGUCAUGCCAUCGCAUCAUGAACCCUUCAUAGUCGGCAGAUUAUCUAAAAGCUAAGCUAUUAAUCCACGGCCCUAUGAUUUCAAUAACACCCGACAUAUUGCUAAGAAGCAGCCGAGCACGGCGUAGCCAUGGCUCGAUUUGACCAUAACAACAUCCAACUAACCUAGUGCCCACACCGAGAGAAACGCCAUGAAUGUAACAAACACACUUAAAAACCCCCUUCCUCCCAUCCCCCAUCCUUCCCCUUCCUCCUCCCAUCGCAAAAGCUUCCAAAUCAAAUCUCCAUCACACACUGCACACCGAACAAACCACCCAGCCCCAACCACAACCGCAACCGCAACCGCAACAAUGAAGUACGACCUAAACCUCUCCCUCACCACCCCCCCGGCGGAGCCCCCAACGGAACUACCCACCAAACAGCUCUCGGUCGGGGAACCUACCCCGCGCCCACCAAGCCGCAAACACUCCUCUUCGCAGGUCCCUACGCUCUCCACCCCCUUCGACGACGCUGCCCUCUCCACCGAGGGCUCGCGCUCCCCCGCAUCCCCCGUGCCGGCGCCGACAACCACGUCCCGUGACGAGGUGACGCCGCCGCCGGCUGCGACGUUGGGGGGAGUGGGGGGGACGCCGCUUUGUACUAUUCAUGAGGAUAGGAAGUUGGCUGUUUCGGGGGCUGAUUGGUUGAUGGGGAAGCCGUGGGGGUCGCAAGGGAAGCAGGAGGGGGAGGGGGAGAAGGAGGAUGUCAAAACCGCGACGGGAUCAGAGCCACCGCGUAAACCGAAGGGCCCGCGCAGAGAAGAAGAUGGGCACCUGGUGAAUGGGAACAGACUUAUCGGGGACUGGAUGCUCCCUUCGGCCGGGGUGGGGGAGUGGAUGGAUAGUGAAGGAAAUAUGAGGGUACCUUAUGAGAUUGAGGAGGCGAUGAGGAAUACCCCCGCGCCGGUAUUUAUGAGGAGGAGUAUAGACAGGAUGGAGAGUGAGCUGGUGAGGGAGGCGGAGGAGGAGAGGCUGAGGCAUGAGCAGAUGCUGAGGGAAACUGAGGGGGAGAGAGUGGCGGAGACUGACCAGGAGAAGGAGGAGAGGUGGGAGAUGGAGAGGCGGAGGCGGAUUGCGAGGGGGUGGGUGUGCGGCGGUGGCGGUGGCGGCGGCGGGGGGGGUGGGGAGCUGGAGGAUGGGGAGCCGUAUGAGGAGGAGGAGCCGGAGGAGGCGAAUGAGUAUACGCCUUCUGGGGCGGCGCCGCCGGAGAUGAUCGCUGCUGCGAGGGCGAGGGCGGAGGCGAGGUGGGCGGAGGCGAGGUGGGCGGAGGAGGCGAGGGCUGAGAGGGUGGCUGCUAGGAAAGCGGCGGCGCGGAGGGCGGAGGUGGCUGCGAGAGAAGCGGCGGCGGUGCUGGCAGCGGCGGAACCGGCGCUGGAUCCUGCGGCGACUGAGGCUGCGAGGAGGCUUAAGGCGGCGGAGAGGGCGAGGAAGGCUGUGGAAAAUGAACCGCAUUCGCCGAGUUGGAAUGGGAGUACCUAUAUUGAUGGGCGCGAGCACCAUUACUGCGGUCCGGACUUCCCGUGCCAGAUGGAGCCGGUGUGCGACCCUUCCAUCAAGGAGAUCUGGGAGAAGGGUCUCCCCAUCGCGCCUGAUGAGAUGCCGCCGAAGCGGGUUUCGUUUACGGGGCCGAUGCGCGCGUUGUUCGGCUUCAAGAAGGGGCAGCCGGUGCAGAAGUAUAGGAAGCCUGUUUCUAUUCAAUCUAUCCGCGUCGGCAAUUCGGCGGAGACGACGGUUAUUGAGGAACCAAGGUCAGACGCUCCGCUGGGAUCUGGCCGAAGGACGUCGCGCGCGGGUGGUGAGGCGGAGAAGGGCGAUCGCAGGACGAUGAGGGGGUUGAGGAAGGUUUGGGGGUUCUGGACGCACUUUGGUGGGAAGAUGGGGGGGCGGAGAGGGGUGGUGGUGACGAAGAGUGAGGAGAGCCUUCCGGUGGCUGAGGGAGAGGAGGAUACCGAUAUGAGGUAUAAUGUUGCUGAUGCCAUUGCGGCUUCGGCGGCUACGGCGAACCUUGCGGCUUCGGCGUGCUAUCCGGUGGGGGAGAGCACGGUGGAAACGGCGAAGGUUGUCGAGAGGACGGAUAGUGGUACAGUGAUGGACGGUGUUUAACAGAAGGAAAGUGAUGCAGAGAAAGCGGCCAAGGUGUAAUGGCAGAAGGAAAGAAGGAAAGAAGAUGGACGCAUCAGAAAAAUUACUUGAUAUUUGCUCACCUAUAACGUAUUUCACGUUGUGCUAACCUUAUUGGUUUUUAGCCUCGCAACGGGGGGUUAUAUAAAAUUAAUAACAUCUCAACUGCAUCGUUCUCAAGGCACAAAACCGUGAAUAUAUACCAAGUACGUCACAUGAUCCCGUAAUUCAUGAAACGACAAAAACCGAAUCGUUUCAAAAAAAACCCCAAAACCGACGGUUUCAGGCGAUUCGAGCUUUACUGUUUCGAUCGCUAAAUGAUGUCAUUGGGCGGGGCGUCCCUUGUCUCAGAUUUCUCAGCGGAUUCUCAGCAAUACCUGGUCUGGUAUACAGGUCGAUCGGGCGCAGUCUUGGCUGUUUGCGCCGAUCGUGAUUGUCAGGGCAGUGCAAGAAUUUUGAUAAGAGGUUUCUGAAUUGGGUAGUUGUUAUUGUAUAUACAGUUAGAAUGUCUCUAGAUGAAUGCCGAAGCAAGUUAGAAAGCAAUAGGAGUAAAGGGGGGGGAUUCUUAUUUCGACUAUUCAAUCGAUGUAAUCGAACGAUAUGGGAUCGAGAUGACCACCCAUGUCCGUAAGAUGAUAAUCUAGAUAGAAAAUUCUCAUAUGGGCGUUGCAUGGCAUCAUCUAGCAUUCACUCUAUCACCACGGAACUAUCCAAUAUGCAAACCAGAGAGCGCAAUGGCAGAAAUACUCUGUAGAUAAAUAAUAUUCCCAACACGUUCCCGUGACUUUAUAAAUAGAAAGGCCAUCUAUUAAUCCACUCUGCGCUAAACUUGUUCUAGAGCAGUAGUGGGUAGUGUAGUGGCGGAGAGGAGGAGGAACUCGAAAUUUGAUACGAAGACGGAGC